AUGGAAAAGUAAGAGAUUCAUGAUUAACAAUAUUAGUAGUUUGAUCCUAACUUUCAUCAGCCACCAAGGAUAGAUGUGUUUGGGUGGAAUUUACAAGCUAAGAAGAAAAUGGGUGAGGAUCCGUAAAACGCUCUAUCCUAGAAUGUGAGAAUCCCAGAAUGGUGGUCCAAACCAGGCAUUCCAGAGGAAUAGAAACUUACUAGAACUAAACUGACUGACAAUAGAAGAGGUGAGAAGGUUCCUCAUAUCAGUUAUGAUCUUGACGGAGAUGGAUUCGUUGGUGGCAGAGACUAUGUAAUUGCUAAGUAAUUCGAUAAAGAUGGAGAUGGUAGACUAAAUACUAAUGAAAAGAAAGCAGCACUUGAUGCCCUUCAAAAGGGAUAUGAAACCAAUUUCGUUUGGAACGUAGAAGUUUCAGGUGGAUAAAGACCUUACAGACUUCUUCAAAAGAGAGGAGUGAUUGUUGAUGCUGAAGAUUUUCUUCCAGUUGGACAAACUUACCCAGUGCAUCCAGAUACUCUUAAAAAAGCUUCUGUCUCAAAUAUUGCUGAACUUAAGGAUAAAAGAAAGAAAGACUACUUAGAUUCAAUAUAUGAUUAGAAGAAAAAAUGGGAGGCUGCGAAUCCAGUAGCUAUUGAAAUGUCUUAUAUCAAGAGUGAGUUUCUAAUAGACUAACCAAAAUUCACUUCAAUCAAUCAAAGAAAAGAAGAGGAGAGAAAGGAGGCUAGAAAGAAAGCAACUCUUGAACCCACAAUCACUCAAGUCAAAGAUACAUCUAAAGACCCAACAAUUAAAUUUGUUGAAAACCCUAAGGUUUAUUCAAAAACGCUUCUUGACAAUUAAAGAAAGGAAGAGAUGCUUAAUCAAUUGAAGAAACUUGAGUCUAAUAUUGGAAACUACAAAGAUAUCAAGGGCAGACUAGAGGAUAGAGAGGCAUGUUAUCUCAGAUUAGGCUAUAAGGAAACAGACGGAAAAACUAAAUAACUGAUUGAGGAGGAGAGAAAAAAGCAAAUGAUUGACAACAUGACUUAGAAAUUCGGGAGUGUCACUGUUGGAAUUCAUGGAUAAGAACUUCCUAAAUUUGGAGAGACUGAAUAAACAAAGGAAUUCUGGAAAUUUGCCCAAACCUUUUAGGAUUAACCUUAAUGGAAUUCUCAGCUUGAAAUGAAAGAGAAUGCCAAAUUCUGGGCUAAAAAUGAUGAUAUAAGACUUGCUGAUGUGUAGCAAAACCAUGCCCCCACUGAUCCAUUUAAGACUUAAUACGCACCAAAACAAUAAAAGAAUGAAGUCAUUUCAAAGGUCCAUACAAUCAAUCAUUGGAAAAAGGAUGAAAGCGAGUAAUUCCUUGAGCCUCAGUUUACUAAGGGAUAUACUAAGGCAGUUAAAUGGACAGAGCAAGAGAGAUUCUACAGAUGUAAGGGAGAUGAUAGAUUGUUUGACAAGGUUAUCAAGACUGCUGUGAACUAUGAAAAGAAUAUUGAGGAGGCUGAGAAGAAAUAGUAAGAUUUUCUCAGAUAAAGCCCCAACAAGAUGAUUGGCAACAGUUCAAACAUAAAUAAUAAUAACGCUGAUUCAAGCAGAGUGAACUAAUCACAUUAAAAGAUUAACGACAACGAUUUAAGUCAUAUGGGUAACGACAUAAUCAAGAUCAAUCCAAAGACUAAGGAUCCUAAUCCAAUAGAUGUUAGUAUGUCUCAAGGUAAUUAGACAAGAUAAAACUUCAGUAAUUUAGCCGGCAAUUAAACUCUCCCACUGGGUUAAAGUGCACUAGCUCAAAGCCAGCAAAACCUUACUGGUUUAUCCUUUGUUGGUAAGUCCACUCUUUUCUCAAGAGUAGCUUUGAGUCCCUAACCUGAAAACAACAAGAAGAAUAUAAAUAAGAAUGCUAAUAACAACUCAAUUGCCUAACAAAAUGGUGCUAGCAUGCUUGCCUCUAACAACUAGAGCACAACCAUAAACAACACAAGUCUCAGUAAGACUAUGAGAAGUGCAAACAGCACCUUCAAGGAUACCGUGCAAAGAGGAGUCCUCUCGGGUAUCGGUCUGCUUAAAAAAUGA